CUAAGGACGCUCUCACUGCUCAUAUCGGCUAACUGGGGAAGUGUGGCGAAGUAAGAGAGUAUUUGAGUCACGACCCCGCUUUGAAAGGCAAAUCUUUAGAACCCACGACUGUCACGUUCGAUUGUUCAGUGCGAGACUCUGGAGGCUCCAGUGACCAACGGUGCAGAUUUAAAUAUGAUCCGCACGUUCUCGCUGGGAAAUGCAACAUGCUCUACAUGAGGCACUCAAUUGCAGAAACUUUGCGAAGUACACAGGAGUUGAAUGAGCCCGCCAGCUUUCCAGACAUAAAUCAGUGCAGGAGGGCCACCUAAACGCGGCAUCCAGGGGGAGAGGCUGCAGGGUCCUGGGCGCCAAGUUGGUUGGGAGUCAUUUCAUUAGGGGGAAUCAGAGGCCCUCAAGUGACUGGGACGCAAGAGACAGCAAGGUGGCCGGAAGCGCCCACGGUUCCCGGGAAAGAAGGGGAGGCCCGAGAGUGCAGGGCGUGCGUACAUGGGAGCAGGUGCCCAGUGAAGACGCGCGCAGCGCGCCCCCGUCCUUGGUCCCGCUUCCCGGGGAGGCGCGGGCCCUGGAGCCGAGCCUGCGCCGGCCCACCCCCCACCCGCGCCGUUCCGGGGCGUGUCCUCCGCUACCCCAGCUUCUAUAUAUCGGCCUGCGCGCCGGGGCUGCCCAGAUGCGAGCUAGCGCGGCUGCUGGACGCUGAGGACCUGCUGCUCGCUCCGCACAUCCCGCAGCCUCGUCCCGCGUGCUCCGCUCCACUCCGCUCCGGUCCGCCGAGCCGCAGUCUCUCCGCCCGGCGCCAUGCAUCCCGCGCACCCCGCGCUCUGGGCGGCUGCGCUCACCGCACUCACUCUGCUCCGCGGGCCGCCGGGGGCGCGAGCCGGCGCGGGCGCGGUGGGCGCGGGCCCCGUAGUGCGCUGCGAACCGUGCGACGCGCGCGCGCUGGCCCAGUGCGCGCCUCCGCCCACCGCGCCCGCGUGCACGGAGCUGGUGCGAGAACCGGGCUGCGGCUGCUGCUUGACUUGCGCGCUGCGCGAAGGCGACGCGUGCGGCGUCUACACCGAGCGCUGCGGCAACAACCUCCGCUGCCAGCCACGGCCCGGGGAGCAGUACCCGCUGAAGGCGCUGCUGAGCGGGCGCGGGUUCUGCGCCAACGCCAGCGCCGCCGGCAGCCUGAACGCCUACCUGCCCUCCCAACCCGCUCCAGGAAACAUCAGUGAAUCUGAGGAGGACCACAGUGCUGGGAGUGUGGAAAGUCAGGCUGUCCCCAGCACACACCGAGUGACUGAUUCCAAGUUCCAUCCACUCCAUGCGAAGAUGGAUGUCAUCAAAAAAGGCCAUGCCAGGGACAGCCAGCGUUACAAAGUUGACUAUGAGUCACAGAGCACAGACACCCAGAACUUCUCCUCUGAGUCUAAGCGGGAGACAGAAUAUGGUCCCUGCCGCAGAGAAAUGGAAGACACCCUGAAUCAUCUGAAGUUCCUCAAUGUGUUGAGUCCCAGAGGUGUCCACAUCCCAAACUGUGACAAGAAGGGGUUCUAUAAGAAGAAGCAGUGCCGCCCAUCCAAAGGCAGAAAACGUGGCUUCUGCUGGUGCGUGGACAAGUACGGACAGCCCUUGCCUGGCUAUGACACCAAGGGCAGAGAUGACGUGCACUGCCUCAGCGUGCAGAGCCAGUAGAUGCUGCCCGCUGUGCCACUUGAUCUGGAGCUCAAAUACGCCUUAUUUUGCACAAAAGACUGCCAACAACAUGAUCAGCAGCUGGCUACAACCUUGACUUAUAUUUCUUUUUUGUGGUGAACUGAUUAAAAACAAAAAAACCAAAGUUUAGACA